GCUGAAUUCUCUCAAACUCGAAGGUGCAUUCAAAUUUAAGGACGUUUUUAGACAUUUCAACCAUGUUAUAAUCAUUUAACAAUGUUUUAUAACUAUGUGAGAUACGAACAAACGUUCCAUGCACUAUUAAAACGCAUUGUUAUUAAUAAUAAAUAGCAAAUAGUUACGGUAGGGUAAGUGUUCACGACAGUGGAGAGCAUUAGCAUUAUUAAAUUAACGUUACAUGAUGCGAGUUUAAAUCGCAAAAGGCAUUAAAUACAUAAAAUCGGGACAAGAGACGAGAGAGAGACAGAACAAAUACUACAGAAGACAAGAUCAUACAUCAACUGUCAUCCUACAAGAGAGGAACAAACAAGCGAGUGCAACAAGUGAAAUAAAUGUACUAUGUAUACUAUAGUUAAGACAGAAUUUGUCGAAGAGGAAAUUGAAGACAAGAGUGAUCCAGAACCAUCCAGAAUAAAACAAGAAGAUAGUGAGGAACAAACAGACUUGACAGACAUAAAAGAAGAAAGUGAAGAACUGAACGAGGUGGAGGAGAAACGUCCAUAUCGGGAAUCUUUAAUAGCAGAAGAAACAUGUUCAAAGAACAAAACUCAAAGAACCUUCCCGUGCCCUCAGUGCGGAAAGAGUUUCACACGAAGAGACAGCCUUAAGGACCAUGUGAGACUUCACACGGGAGAGAAACCUUUCCGCUGCCACCACUGCGAGAAAAGCUUCACGCGGAAAGAGAGCCUGAAGUGUCACAUGCGAACUCACACCGGAGAGAAACCCCACAUGUGCCACCAGUGUGGAAAGAGUUUCACGUUUAAAAACAACCUCAAGGUUCACGUGAAGAUCCACUCCAGGGAGAAGCUGUUCGUCUGCCCUCAAUGCGGAAAGGCCUUGAGGUGUAAAAAAGGCCUUCGGGAUCACAUCAGGGCGCACAGCGGAGAGAAACCGUUCAAGUGCCAUCACUGCGGAAAGACGUUCAAGUGGGCGCACAGCCUCAAUAAUCAUCUGCACUCUCACUCGGGGUUUAAGCCUUUUAACUGCGUUCAUUGUGGGGAAGGUUUUACCUCGUCGUCCAUUCUGAAAAACCACCUGAGGGUUCACACAAACGAGAGGCCGUAUGUGUGCUCUCUGUGCGGAAAGAGUUUCGUAUGGCCGGGCAAUUUUAAAGAGCACCAGAAAAGACACAGGGGCGAGAGAGAUCAUGCGUGCUUCGAGUGCGGCAAGACUUUUACCACGGCUAAACGACUGAGGGAGCACCAGAGGAUUCAUACGGGGGAAAAGCCUUACAAGUGCUCACGCUGCGAUAAGGGAUUCACUCAGUCUGGCUCGCUGAAAGUCCACGAGCGAGUUCACACUGGAGAGAAGCCGUACCACUGCCCAAACUGUGGGAGGAGUUUCUCUCAAUUGGCAAAUUUUAUCACUCAUAGUAAAAAGCAUUGCAAGAACUCGUCACAGUGAGAAGGCACGUGAAUUACGUGUGGAUGAACUGAAUAUGUUUCUCCCAGGCAUUGGUGUUAUUCAAUGAGUUUAAUUAACUGUCACCGUCCCACAGGUGGGACGUUUGCCACUAUAUUUUUUAAA